AUGAGCAGCUUAAAGGACGUGGUUGCUAGCUUUAAACGCAAGAAGGCAGACCUGAGGCUCAUUGAUUUUGUGAAUUUUAAGUUUCAGUGUCAAAACGAUGUCUUGGCUAUUCAAAAUGUCCGGGACGAAAAGCUAGCUAGGUUUCUACAGAUCACGCAACAACUGAAGCAGACAUACGCUACCGAGGGCACAUACUCUGAGGCCUUGUUCGAAUUGAGCAAUGAACAGUUGAAGGCUUUAAAUCGUAUCGCAGAUGGCGAAGAAGCGUGGAUAACAGACGUAUUGCAAUCCUGUGCUCGACAGCUCUUGAAAGUCGGCCAGGAACUGGACCGAAGGGCAAAAGAGGAGUCUAUAACGGCAAACAAAAAGAAGAAAGUGAAGGGAGACCUCGAGGAAGAGACUUUUUUGGAAAAAUGCGUGCGCACCAUACAUACGAGUUUCAAGCUUUGCCUGAACGACAGAAAUCCGGAUUUCCAGAGAAACAAGAAGUGGGGGGUAUAUUACUUCAUCAACAUCGAAUUCAAGAUCUACCAGCAGCUCGGAAACAGGGACAUGGUGCGAAACUUGGUCAAAGUCAUCGCGAGUCGCGUUUCGGAGCUUCCCGCGCCCGAAAAAGCGCUGCGCAGCCAUCGGUCUCAAUUAAUCACGUAUCUUUACUACUUGGGCGAACACUACGGUUGCCACGAGGGCGACUACCGGCGCGGCUUUGAAUAUUUGCAGCGCGCGUGGUUGGGAUGCCCUGCCAACGCCUCGCAGAUGUCGCGCCAAACAGACAAAAUCGUUGCCCUGCUUGUCCCCUUCGCCCUCUUGGCGAGCCACUGGUACCCCGAUAUGAGCGCCUUGGCGCAAUACCAUCCACGAGUCGCUCUGCUGUACGCCCCGCUGAUCAAGAGCGUUCUAAACGGCGAUCUGCGUGAGUUCGACAAAUGGCUCGCAGCCAACGAGAUGUUCCUCAUGCGCCGCAACUUGUACGUCGCAACGGUUCUAAUCCGCCAACUCGUGCUCCUCAAACUGAUCAAAACGACACGCGCCGGCUUUAAGGACCCGGCCGCGUCUGUCGUCCCGCUCGCAAGCUUUGUCGCUGCUAUACGCUACUCCGCCAAGCACAGUCACGUGACCCACAUUACCGACGACGACCACGACGAAACGGAGUGUCUUUUGGCUGACCUGAUAGCUCGAGGCUACGUGAGGGGCUACCUAUCGCAUGCGAACCGGGUCAUUGUACUGAGCAAAUCGAACCCGUUCCCAAAACUAGUUUCAUCACCACAGUCCCAACUGUGA